GUGUUUAACUUAUCCAUCAUUAUUCAAAUGUUAUUUCUCUUUAUUGACUUAUUUUUGUUCACCGAGUAUAUGAUCACGGAAUGAAAUAGUACUAAUUGGUGGGAGUCUACUGAAGUUAGCAGAAUUGCGCAGAAUGAUUAUGAUCUCCCAGUGAGUGGAUAAUAGUUGACAUUUUAAAAGAAAUGGCAUCCUUCAAAAAGAUAAAUACUAAAGUAUUUGCAAGAUCAGGGCCUGAAUUAACACCGGAUAAUAUAUAUUGGAAAAAGUAUACUGCUCCCGUUUUAGUUAAGGAAUUUGGACCAAUAGAUUAUAUUGAUUUUUCACCUGUAGAACCACAUUAUUUUGCUGUAACAUGUUCUGUGAGAGUACAACUAUAUAAUCCAAUUACAAAACUAGUCACAAAAAAUCUUAGCAGAUUCAAGGAAGCUGCUUAUGGUGGUUCUUUUCGUAAUGAUGGAAGGCUAUUGUGUGCUGGUGGAGAAGAAGCAGUAAUUAAAUUAUUUGACGUCAAUACAAAAAGUCUUCUUCGACUUUUUUCUGGACACAAAGCUGCUGUACAUAGAACUUUUUUUACUGCGGAUAAUCAUCAUAUUGCUUCAUUUUCUGAUGAUAAGAGUGCAAUAAUAUGGGAUAUACCUACCGAAAAACAGACUGCAUCUUUUAAUGAUCAUUCAGAUUACAUAAGAGCUGGGGCAGUUAGCCCUAUUUCCACAGAUAUAUUAUUAUCUGGUGGUUAUGAUAAAAACAUAUACAUGUAUGAUACAAGGACAAAUAAAAAAAUUCUUAGUGUUAGCCAUGAAGCUCCUGUUGAAAGUUUAUUGUUUUUACCAUCUGGUGGAAUAUUUUUGUCUGCAGGUGGAACAGAAAUCAGAGUCUGGGAUGGUUUGGCUGGUGGUAGGCUACUGGCAAAAAUAUCCCAACAUCAUAAAACUGUAACAUGCCUAAAAAUAGCUUCAAAUGGUCAUAGAAUUUUGUCUGGUUCAUUGGAUAGACAUGUCAAAAUUUACGACUCUGGAACAUAUAGAACUGUUCAUUCCUUGGAUUAUCCCAACUCAGUCCUUAGUAUAGGAAUUAGUCCAAAUGAUGAAACUAUAGUAGCUGGUAUGGUUGAUGGUUUAAUUUCUGUCAGAAGAAGAGAAGAAGAUGUAGGAAAUGAAAAACCACAAAAGAAGAAGGUAUCAUAUAGGCGUUCAGGGAAAAAUUUACACACGCCACAAGUAGAUAUUGUAGUCCAAGAGGAAAUGAAAGAAAUUAUGUCCAAACAUGAUGCUUGCUUAAGGAAAUUCCAAUAUUCUAAAGCAUUGGAUUGUGUAAUGAUGAGUUAUGUGGUAAAUAAAGCACCACAUGUUACAGUUGCUCUCAUGCAAGAGCUUAUCAGAAGGCAGGGCUUAAAACAAGCACUUGCUGGUAGAGAUGGCAAAAGUCUUGUAAAUAUUCUCAAAUUUUUAAAUAAACAUGUGGGAAGCAUUCGAUUUGGAAGAGUACUAUUACAUGUAGCUAAUGUACUAAUGGAUAUUUACGAAGAUCAUCUGGACGAACUUGCAGCAGAACCACGAAAAAUGUUCAGUACGUUAGCAGCCAAAUUAGAAGAAGAAGAGAGUUUAAUAUUAGCGUUAGCAGAGCUGCAAGGAAAAUUGCAUAUCAUAUUAUCAGCUGCAGAAAUUGUACCUCCUGCGCCAGUGAAAGAUAAUCAAAUUCUAGAACCCUCAAGCGCUGCGCAAAAGAAUUUGAUUUUAAGUAUAGCAUGAAUAUAAUGCAUUGUAUUAUAUAUGUUUGUAUCAUAGGAAGAGUCUGUAAAGUAAAGAACAAAUCUGGCUCAUCUGAAGGAAAAUGACAGCCAAGAAGAAUAGGAUACUACCAUCUGCAAUAACAUUCACGUAUUGGCACACAUUAUGCCCAAUUUACAACAGGCAUUUUUGAAAUCUGUAAAUAAAACUUUCGCAAAUAUAUGCAUACUUUCGUAAGCAAGCUGUUUCAUUGCGCACGUUACGAACUACAUUAGAACGCAAUUUUGUUUUAUAAUUGAUUUUACAUUGAAAUUUAUAUUUAUAACAGAAUUACCGCGGCGAUUUAGUAUACAAAAAUAUGAAGUCCGAUAGUUUAUUGUAAAGGUAUUUAUUGAAGAAACUGAAAGCAUUUUACGAUCA